CUGUUGUUUUGAUGAAUAAUACUUGGUGGGGCGAGAGGAAGGAUCGCUUCCUAACGCCUUUCACCAUUAAGAGGAAAGCGAUGGAGGAGCUGAGCGCCGAUGAGAUUCGACGGAGGCGCCUUGCACGACUUGCUGGUGGACAGACCUCCCAGCCGACCACCCCUCUCACCUCUCCCCAAAGGGAGAACCCUCCAGGUCCUCCUAUCUCGGCAUCAGCCCCAGGCCCUUCCCAGAGUCUUGGUCUCAAUGUCCACAGCAUGACCCCAGCUACCUCCCCAAUAGGUGCAUCAGGAGUAGCCCACCGAAGCCAGAGCAGUGAAGGAGUCAGUUCUCUCAGCAGCUCGCCCUCUAAUAGCCUUGAAACACAAUCUCAGUCUCUCUCACGUUCUCAGAGCAUGGAUAUCGAUAGUGUCUCUUGUGAAAAAAGCAUGUCCCAGGUGGAUGUGGAUUCAGGAAUUGAAAAUAUGGAGGUUGAUGAAAAUGAUCGGAGAGAAAAAAGGAGCCUCAGUGAUAAGGAACCUUCCUCUGGCCCUGAAGUGUCUGAGGAGCAGGCCUUACAGCUGGUCUGUAAGAUCUUCCGUGUCUCUUGGAAGGACCGAGACAGAGAUGUCAUCUUUCUUUCUUCUCUUUCUGCACAGUUUAAGCAGAACCCAAAAGAAGUGUUCUCUGAUUUUAAGGACUUGAUUGGCCAGAUAUUAAUGGAAGUGCUAAUGAUGUCCACCCAGACUAGAGAUGAAAACCCAUUUGCCAGUCUGACAGCCACGUCACAGCCAAUUGCAGCAACAGCUCGGUCACCAGACAGAAAUCUCCUGCUCAAUACUGGCUCCAACCCAGGAACAAGCCCCAUGUACUGCAGUGUGGGGUCCUUUGGUGCCAGCUCUCUGUCUAGUUUGGGAGCCUCUGGCGGAACAAGUAAUUGGGAUUCCUACAGUGACCAUUUUACCAUUGAAACCUGCAAGGAGACAGAUAUGCUGAACUACCUCAUCGAGUGUUUUGACCGAGUUGGAAUAGAGGAAAAAAAAGCACCAAAGAUGUGCAGCCAGCCAGCAGUCAGCCAGCUUCUGAGCAACAUCCGCUCGCAGUGCAUAUCCCACACCGCAUUAGUGCUGCAAGGCUCCCUGACACAGCCGAGGUGGGAAGAACCAUUUCUGAACUCUAAGCUUUCUUUAGGAGAAGACUGGAAAUGCCUGGACAUUCAGAUUCAGUACCUUAUUUUGACAUGCUUUCUAGUCUCAGAUUUUCUUAAACUUCGUAUUUCUGACUUUUUCUUCUUACAGAUCUUUAUCCCCAUUUUACAAGGCCUGGCUCUUGCUGCCAAAGAGUGCUCUCUCGACAGUGACUACUUCAAAUACCCUCUCAUGGCACUGGGUGAGCUCUGCGAAACCAAGUUUGGGAAGACACACCCUGUGUGCAAUUUGGUUGCUUCUUUGCCAUUGUGGUUGCCGAAAUCCUUAAGCCCUGGCUCCGGGCGGGAGCUGCAGAGACUCUCCUACUUGGGGGCUUUCUUCAGCUUCUCUGUCUUUGCGGAAGAUGAUGCUAAGGUGGUUGAAAAAUAUUUUUCAGGGCCUGCCAUUACCCUGGAAAACACUCGUGUGGUUAGCCAGUCACUACAGCAUUACUUAGAGCUUGGAAGGCAAGAGCUCUUCAAGAUUCUGCAUAGUGUUUUGUUGAACGGUGAAACCCGUGAGGCUGCUCUCAGUUACAUGGCGGCUGUCGUCAAUGCCAACGUGAAGAAAGCACAGAUGCAGACAGAUGAUAGAUUAGUAUCUACGGAUGGAUUUAUGCUGAAUUUCCUUUGGGUACUACAGCAGCUAAGUACAAAAAUCAAGCUAGAAACCGUUGAUCCCACAUAUAUAUUUCACCCAAGAUGUCGGAUCACGCUUCCUAACGAUGAGACGCGCGUGAAUGCAACCAUGGAGGAUGUGAACGACUGGCUGACUGAACUCUAUGGAGAUCAGCCUCCAUUUUCUGAGCCGAAGUUCCCCACGGAAUGCUUCUUCCUCACCCUGCAUGCUCACCACCUCUCUAUUCUGCCCAGUUGCCGUCGUUACAUCCGCAGACUCCGGGCCAUCAGGGAGCUUAAUAGAACUGUAGAAGAUUUGAAAAACAACGAAAGCCAAUGGAAAGAUUCCCCACUGGCGACUAGACACCGCGAAAUGCUGAAGCGCUGUAAAACUCAGCUUAAGAAACUGGUACGGUGCAAGGCCUGUGCUGAUGCUGGCUUACUUGACGAGAGCUUCCUGAGAAGGUGUCUGAAUUUUUAUGGCCUUCUUAUUCAGCUGCUGCUCCGCAUCCUGGACCCCGCAUAUCCCGACAUAACACUGCCUUUAAAUUCCGAUGUCCCCAAGGUAUUUGCAGCAUUGCCUGAGUUUUAUGUAGAAGAUGUUGCUGAAUUUUUAUUUUUUAUUGUACAAUACUCUCCCCAGGUGCUCUAUGAGCCCUGUACUCAGGAUAUUGUGAUGUUCCUUGUUGUGAUGUUGUGCAACCAGAACUACAUCCGAAAUCCGUAUCUAGUGGCCAAACUGGUAGAAGUCAUGUUUAUGACCAACCCUGCUGUUCAGCCACGAACCCAGAAGUUUUUUGAAAUGAUUGAGAAUCAUCCUCUUGCCACCAAACUGUUGGUACCUUCACUGAUGAAGUUUUAUACAGAUGUUGAGCAUACUGGAGCCACCAGCGAGUUCUAUGACAAGUUCACAAUUCGCUAUCACAUUAGCACCAUUUUUAAAAGCCUUUGGCAAAACAUAGCUCACCACGGCACUUUUAUGGAGGAGUUCAAUUCUGGGAAGCAGUUUGUUCGCUAUAUAAACAUGCUAAUAAAUGACACGACAUUUUUGCUCGAUGAAAGUCUGGAGUCCCUGAAGCGGAUCCAUGAAGUGCAAGAGGAGAUGAAGAAUAAGGAGCAGUGGGAGCAGCUGCCCCGGGAUCAGCAGCAGGCCCGCCAGUCUCAGCUCGCUCAGGACGAGCGCGUUUCCCGCUCCUACCUCGCCCUGGCGACGGAGACCGUGGACAUGUUCCACAUCCUCACGAAGCAGGUCCAGAAGCCGUUCCUCAGACCGGAACUUGGACCCCGAUUGGCUGCAAUGCUGAACUUUAAUCUUCAGCAACUCUGUGGCCCCAAGUGCCGUGACCUGAAAGUUGAAAACCCUGAGAAAUACGGCUUUGAACCAAAGAAGCUGUUGGACCAACUGACGGAUAUUUACUUGCAGCUGGACUGUGCUCGGUUCGCUAAAGCCAUUGCUGAUGACCAGAGAUCCUACAGCAAGGAAUUGUUUGAAGAAGUUAUUUCAAAGAUGCGUAAGGCAGGGAUCAAAUCCACAAUAGCGAUAGAGAAGUUUAAACUCCUCGCCGAGAAGGUGGAGGAGAUAGUGGCCAAGAACGCACGCGCAGAAAUCGACUACAGUGACGCUCCAGACGAGUUCAGAGACCCUCUGAUGGACACCCUGAUGACCGACCCGGUGCGGCUGCCCUCCGGCACCAUCAUGGACCGCUCCAUCAUCCUGCGCCACUUGCUGAACUCCCCCACGGACCCCUUCAACCGACAGACGCUGACAGAGAGCAUGCUGGAGCCAGUGCCAGAACUGAAAGAACAAAUUCAAGCAUGGAUGAGAGAGAAACAGAACAGCGAUCACUAAGCCGUCCCCUUCGCCCACCCUCUGCCAGACUCAGCCAAGGCCCGCGAGGCAGACAGAGGCGGCAGCAGUGGUGAGCCUGCCGUGCAGAUGUUGGAAGCCAGACGUGGCCAACUACCCCCGAGCCCACCCAGAGCGACCAAACGCUGGAGAGCCGAAAGGACACACUGAGAAGAGGAGCCCGAUGCCUGUACAUAUAUUUAAGUGACAGACAUGGUCAAAAGCUUGAGGGACAAGUUUUAUGGUUGCUUGUGUAAUAAAGCACGUCCUUCUCAUGUCACAAUUUGGGGCUUUUGCAGCAGAAAAUCUUUAGUGGCGGCCAGUGGGUCUGGGUGGCAUCCCUUCAUCUUUUUUUUUUUUUUUUUAAAUCCAAUAUCCGUUGAUUUGAUUGUGAUUAGACAACUUUGGACAUUUUGCUGCUAAAGAAUCUUUACCCCCUUCUCCCUUCCUGACCCUACUUGCACUGCUGUGGAUUUUUUUAAAGAGAAGCAAAAACAAAAAUAAACUCCUUUCCCCAGCCCUCCAAAAACAUAUAUUCUGUGAGAUAACUGUGCCUGCUACAAAGUGUUAAUCCUGGGAUCGUAUUUUUAUAUCAUAUUCACAUAUUUGUUUUUUUAAUUGGUGUUAGAUGACAUGAUUAAUAAAAAAGGCAAGAUAUUUUCAGAAUUUGAAUUUCAGUUUUUUUUUUUCUUUUGAAAUGUCCCCUUUAAAUUUUUUUAUUCUAAACAAAAUGAAGUGAAUCCUGUUGCUCGGUUCCUUAUAUUUAGCCCUCUGUUAGGCACCUAAGGAGGGUUUAAGUAUAUCAGGACUUACAUGAUGUAGGGUUUGGGGGGGGGGAAGAUGAGGGUUGGUUUUUUUAAUGCUCCGUGACAGUUUGAAACCUUUACAGUUAUCACAUAAGGGUAGAUAAAGUUCUCCAGCCUUGAGUGUGAGUUUGAAAGAGGGUCAUUUGUAUGAUGUGUCCUUUGGGUUUGGCCUUACCAAAGCAAAAGGGUACAAGAGAUGUGGAAGUCUGUCUGUUUAAACACACACAGACACACACAGACACACACACCCAUACAAGCAUAAGACGUUCGGUAUUACUGCUCCCUACUCAACAUACUUGAAUUCUUGAAAUUCCCUUUGGGGUAAAAAAGGAUUUGGAACCAUAAAGUGUUUUAAAGAAAUUAAGUCUAAGUCUCCAAAAACAUUCUUUUUUCUUUUCCUUUUUUUCCCCCCUCUACGGACAAUGUCCUCUGUUCAAUUCCUAACGCAAACUACAAUAAAUGGUGAUACGCAUUCAGAA